AUGUAUGAUUUGCCUAAAGUCGAGAUGGAAUUAAACUCCAAAACUAUGGAAGAGCUCAAAGAGUACAGAAAGAAAGUUCGGGAAGUUCAUUCGGAUGUAAUGCAUACUCAGUUGUUUGAAUUCGAAGAUAAUAUAUGUGUUGCUUAUUGGGAUUGCAUUGGAUUGGGACAACGUUUGAAAUUUCUAUGGGAUGAUAUGAUUGAAGCAAUCUCGAAUCUGAAGAAAAGAACUCAUGGUCAAGUUGUUCCAAACGAAACAAAAUAA